AAACGAUGUCCUAAUCUUUGUUGCUGCUCUGACAGUGAACAUUUAGUAACACCGCAGGAUAGCGUACUAUUCAUUAAAAUGCGUCUGUGGAUGCUGUUGAUGGGGUCGACGGUGGGUUUUGUGGUGGUGUCGGCUGCUGGGUUCUGUGAUCCGGCAACGGAGUACGAGAGUAAUGGCCAGUGCUGCCAAAAGUGUGAUCCAGGAACAUACAUGACGUCACACGGCAGUUGCCUGGAGCCUCAGUGCAUCGCGUGUGGAGACAAUGAAUAUCAGGAAUCCUACACAACAGAGUCCAAGUGUAAACGGCAGCCGUACUGCGACCCAAAUAAAAACUUUGACUUUAUUGAGCAUCAUAAGAGCAAAACCCAACGAAGCACCUGUAUGUGCAAACUGGGUUUCCACUGCUCCAGUGAAACCUGCUUAACCUGUGUGCCUCACAGAACCUGUGGACCCGGAUAUGGGGUUCAGUCCAAAGGUGACCAUGCACACGACACUGUGUGUGAAGUUUGCUCCCCAGGGACAUUUUCUAAUGAAACGUCUUGGGAUGGUUCCUGUCAGAAAUGGACAGAAUGCGAGGAUGGAUACCCCGUUGAAAAAAGUGGGACAGCUGUAUCUGAUAAUAUCUGUGCAGAGAAAACUUCCCGGUGGUACCCAGUUUGGAUCUGUUUAGGGGUUUUACUUGUGGCGGCUGUGAUUUGCGCCGCUGUAUUGAUCCUGUGCAAACGCAAAGUGACUCGAGAUGCAGAAGGAGAGAUGGAGGGCUGCAUGAAGUCGUGUCUCGAAGGGCGAAAGAAGCCAGAGCAGACUGCCAAAAAAAUUACAAACCCCACCUCCGAAGAUAAGUCAAAAGUCAAUUUGGUAAAUGAACAUUUGCCCGAGGAAGUCGACGAUAAUGUGGAUGAAGAAUCGGUUGGGUCUCCAACUUUUACUGAAAAGGGUAAUUUUCUGAGGCAGGAGGUUGGAAAAGACGCGAUCCUCUCGCGACAGGAAUCACAAACACAAUCAUCAGAGAUAUUCUAAAGAUGUUCGUCAUGAAGCUGCUGAUAGAAUGGAGUUUUAAAUGAUAUCUGUGUUUGAUGUGUCAUGUCUGAGAGACUUGAAGCAGUCACAUCCACCUUUUCAGAAUAUGAGUCAUCAGUCACUUAAAAAACAAAGUUUGUCACCUAAAACAUUCCACAGACAGUCCGAGAGCGCACCUGAAAAAUAAAAAGGGGUGGGGGGAGUUUCAGCUCAUGAAGGAAAAA